UUAGAUAUACAUGAUAUUCUAAAAUUUUUAAAUAAUUUUAUUUCAAUACUAAGAUCUUAAGUAAAAUGAUGGCAGCCACUUUAACUAUCAGAUCCACUGGACUUUCAUUGCUUGUUAAAAGAUCAGUUGGAAAGAUAUUUCCUCCUAUGUCUUUUCAGCUGUGUAAAAUGGCCACUGUCAGUUCACAGAGUGCAGAGUUUUUGUGCCAGCCUUACAAAUACCACAAACUAGAUGGUCAUGAAAUUCCCUCUAGUGGAUUGGUAACUCGUGAUCAAGCUAUGGAUUACUAUAGAAAAAUGGCUGUUAUUCGGAGAAUGGAACAAGAAGCUUCAAAGCUAUACAAAGAAAAGUUUAUUCGUGGGUUUUGCCAUCUCUACUCUGGACAGGAGGCAACAUGUGUUGGAAUCAAUGAUCAGCUUGACAAUGAUGACAGUGUUAUAACAGCUUACAGAGCACAUGGAUGGACAUAUAUAAAAGGUAGAACUGUAGCUCAAGUGCUUUCAGAAUUAACAGGUAGAAAGACUGGUUGUACUGAAGGAAAAGGAGGUUCAAUGCAUAUGUAUGCACAUGAGUUUUAUGGUGGAAAUGGUAUAGUUGGUGCACAAGUUCCUCUUGGUGCAGGAAUAGCUUUAGCACAUCAGUAUAGAAAUAAUGGUCAUUGUUGCGUUACUCUAUAUGGUGAUGGUGCUGCAAACCAAGGACAGGUUUUUGAAGCCUUCAACAUGGCUGCUUUGUGGCACUUGCCAUGCAUUUUUGUUGUUGAAAAUAAUGGAUAUGGCAUGGGAACAUCAUCCAGUCGAAGUUCAUUUGUCAAUGAGUAUUACACUCGUGGAGACUACAUACCUGGUAUUCAGGUUGAUGGAAAUUGUGUUGUAAGUGUUCGAGAAGCAGCCAAGUUUGCUGUUCAUUGGACCAAGUCAGGAAAAGGUCCAAUUUUAUUAGAGUGUAACACAUACAGAUAUUUUGGACACAGUAUGAGUGAUCCUGGCACAAGUUAUAGAACCAGAGAUGAGGUUCAGGAGAUGCGUCUAAAACGUGAUCCUAUAGCCAGUUUUAAAGAAAAGAUUUUGAAUUCUAAACUGUUAAAUGAAGAUAACUUUAAGGCAAUUGAUAAAUCGGUUAAAGAAGAAGUUGACUUAGCAGUUGAAAGCGCUCGAAGUGAUCCUGAGCCUGAUGUAAAUGAUAUGGCGCUGUAUAUUUAUUCAGAGGGAAACAACGGCAAAGAAGUUAGAGGAGCUGACUUAUUUACUCAUUGGAAAACGAAUGAUAAAAUUUCACUCUAAUGUUUAACGAGUUGAAAAAUCAUUUUAAGAAAUGUUAACAACAGAACAUACAUUCACAUGCUUUAUGUUUACAAAAUAAUAAUACUUCAUUGUUUCUUUUCAUAUUUGAGUUACAAUACUAUAUAAAAAUUAAAUAUUAAAGUUUUUUAAAAUCUUGCUUUACUACAGCGUUUUUUUUUAAGAAACCUUCAAACGCUUGUGGCUAAACUUUGUCGUUGUGUGAAAUAUAAUAAAUGUUUAACUAUUUAAUUUAAGUUUGUUUUAUGAACUUGCAACUUUUUCUAUCAGAGUUCUUCUUAAAUAUGUUAUAUUGUUUACAAGUUUGAUUUACAAGUAAAUAUGAUCAAGUCGUGUUUAAUUGUAAAGCAAUCGUGUUUAUUUUAAUGUUUUAUUUAAAACUAAAUUAUUUGCUUUGAACUUUGUACUUGUUUCACGGCAUUAAAAAACCUACGAUAUAGUUGUUUUAACAUCAUUUAAUACUAAAAUAUUUUGUAUAUGUUAUUUUACAUUAAUUUUUGAUAUUAACUUAAGCUAUACUUUAUUAUGUAACGUAUUUUGAAGCAUGCAAAUUUUUCUUAAUACAUGAGAUAUAAAAUAAUAUGUUUUGAA